AUGUUGCUGACUUGCUUUCGUGAAAUUCCGAAGCUGCAAUUUGCAAUUCGCAUCUUUUCCACCCUCGUCCGCUAUGACCGUCUCGCGCUCCCACGUCUCAAAUUUUACUCUCGUCUCUCAGACAAACAGCUGCAUUAUGGCCUUUCUGCAAUGAUCCAGAUGCACCUUGUCUUUCACUACACUUCAUACGACGAUGGCGUGACGUACUACGAGGCCAAUACUCAGUCGGCAUAUUACCUCAUAAGGUCUGGCAAGAUCUUGGAGGUGGUUGCAAACAGACUCGGAGAAUAUGCCGCAACUGUCCUGUCGACUAUCAUGUAUCUGGGACAUGCGCAGGUCAGCUACCUGGAGACGUUGCCGGAGCUCUUGUCCGAACAGCCCAAGGAGACUCAAACGAACGGCGUCAGCAGCGACCACGAACAUUCCGAUCAGGAUGAGGGGGUCGAGAAAGAGGACGGGGACGACGCUGAAAAGCACACGUCAAUUCCCAAUGGUGAUCAUGCAUCUAACGAGGAGAGUCGCCUCCGCCUGCACUCUACGUUGAAAGCGCUGGCUGCUCAUGGAUACAUUAUCCGUGUUCGGGACGCUCACUUUCAAAGUCAUGCGGACAUCGUGAUGGAUGCAGAAAGAUCAAUUAAGUCGAGACCAGACAUGAAAGGGCUCAAGGGCAAGAAACUGGAUGAAGCGCUCGUGGAAGCAGUCGAACGUCUGGUCAAGGAACGCACCGACGGAGAUCUCACCCGGGGGUUGAUGUUUAAAGGGAUUCCUCGAGGGGUGAAGAGGCGACAUGCGAACGGGAUCGCCAAUGGUUCCAACAAGCGACCGAGGUUGGAACCCUCUGUGGCGCAUGCGGUUGCGGAAGACGACUCUGAAGAGGACGACUGGUCGGAUGACGAUGUGGUGGAAGACACGUCUGAUUUAAUUGUUCGCGUCAAUUAUGAGAAGCUCGACGUCGUCUUUCGAAACCGCCGCCUAGUUGAGCUCGCAGAGCAAUAUUCCUCGGCUGUCACGGCCCAAGUUUAUGAAACUCUCCUCCGUCUCAUCGAAUACCAGACACCACGCUGCCGCGAUCAACCGGAAAUACCACCCGAGGGAGAGGAGGGAGAGCGGUAUUCCGUUGCCAUUCCUCUUCACACCCUCGCCGAGGAAGUCGAUCCUCAACUCGAUCUUGCAGGCUCCAUCGGUCCUAUGGAUCCGUCGCAGCCGCCCGGUAGAAGAGGAAAACGGCCUCUGGAAAAUGGCGUGAAUGGCGACGGAGAGGACGAACCUGAUGGAGCACUGAAAGGGAACCGGACGCACGACAUUGAUCAGCAUCUCACUCUCCUUGCUCAGCCCCCCUAUAAUUUCUGCUCUCGUCGGCUCAGCUCGGGCAUACCUUCGUGGACAGUCGAAUAUCGACAUCUCGCUCGGCAUCUCCGCCAUCUCGAAAUAGAACGUAUUGUUGGAACUCGAUAUGGUAGCGCCGCAUUGCGGGUAAUCCGUAUCUUACUCGCCAAGGGCAAGUUGGACGAGAAGCGUCUGCAGGAGAUCAGCCUUCUCUCGUCCAAGGAUCUGCGCCAGGUACUUGGAGGCAUGCAGGCGACUGGGUUUGUGGACCUGCAAGAAGUGCCUCGUGACGCCCAGCGCCAGCCGUCCCGCACAAUCUAUCUGUGGUUCUACGACCCGGACAGGGUGUGCCGCAAUCUCUUGCAAGAUACUUACAAAGCCAUGUCACGUUGUCUGCAACGGAUCCGGUUCGAGCGCAACCGGCUGAGAGAGUUCCUGGAUAAGACGGAACGCAGUGAUGUAAAGGGCAAUGAAGAACGAUAUCUGUCAGAGGCAGAAUUGAAGACGCUGCAACAGUGGCGAGAUAAGGAGGCCCUAUUGCUGGGGGAGGUCUCUCGACUAGAUGAUCUGGUGGCUGUCCUAAGGGAUUUCUAG